AGCAGCGGCCGCGGCCCCGCGGAGCGCCUGUAGCCGCGGCCGGGCCGCAGGCUGGCAAGCCGGGGCGCGCUGGCGGCGGCAGAGGAAGAGGGAGGCGGGAGCCAGCCGCCGGCCGCGCCGCCAGCCCACAAGAGGAUGAAGAAGCGGAAGGAACUGAACGCCCUCAUUGGCUUGGCCGCCGACGGUCGCAGGAAGAAGUCGGCCAAGAAGGGCUCCGGCCACCGGCUGCUGCGCACCGAGCCGCCCGCCUCCGACUCCGAGUCCAGCUCGGAGGAAGACGAGUUCGCGGGGGCGCGGACCCGCUGCGGCAAGGGAGACUAUCUACGAUGCUGCAAAUUCUGUUACCCCUUAUGUGCAUUUGUCAUUCUGGCCGCCUGUGUGGUGGCGUGCGUUGGCUUAGUCUGGAUGCAGGUAGCUCUCAAGGAGGAUCUCGAUGCAAUAAAGGAGAAGUUUCGAACUAUGGAAUCUAAUCAAAAGACAUCAUUCCAAGAAAUUCCUAAACUGAAUGAAGAUUUGGUGCAGAAGCAAAAGCAACUAGAACAAAUUGAGACUGGAGAACUGGGGCUAAAUAAAAUCUGGAUAAAUAUCACAGAGAUCAAUAAACAGAUAUCGCUCUUGACCUCAACAGUAAAUCAUCUCAAAAACAACAUAAAGUCUGCUUCUGAUCUGAUUUCUCUUCCUCUUACAGUAGAGAAGCUUCAGAAGACGGUAGCGAACAUAGGUAGCACACUUACCAGUGUUUCCCAUGAUGUUGAAAAUAUACAGACAACUAUUGAAGAAUACAAGAAACCCAUAGAAAUGCUCCAGAAUGACGUGAAGGAAUUGAAACAGAUACCUUCACUUCCCUCCACUGUUGUGCCAAGAAAGACAAACCAGACAGAAAACUGCAAAAAGGACAACCAGUCACUGCAUGCAGCUUUGGAAGAGCUAAGUAAUACUGUAGUGGGAUACCAAAAGUUGAAUGACAUCAAGCUUCUAAAUGUGGAUUCAGCGAUUGGUAACCUCAGCCAGCGGGUUGUGCGCUUAGAGAAUUCUCCCCUUGCUGUGAACAAUCUGGAUAAAAGAGAAAACUUGUCUACCUAUGUGGGGAAUGAUGCAACUACCUCUGUAAAAGUGGAAAAUGAAGAUCAACUAGAUAAUGAAACUAAUCCAAAUAAAGAACUGAAGGAAAUAGAAACUAGAGAUUCUCAGGUAUCAAAACUAAGAGAGAAGCUUCAGAUGAUCAGUGCUCUCUCGAGCAAGCCAGCAAAUGACAGACUCACUGAGACAUCAAAGAAUGUUGAAAGUAGUCUGAAUGCUACAGCAAAGCCCAUAGACCUUUUAAGAUUGACUUCAAGGUCAGCUGAUGACAACAUAGAGAGUAAUGGGCAGCAGAGACAUCUGUCCUUACCAGGAAUUUCCAGCAUUGAAGAUCUUCAGAAUUUGUUUGAAAAAGCAGCUGAAGAUGCUGAUGGAAAACUAUCAUACGAGGAUCUUCAAAAGCUCCUUGGCUCUACAGCCCCAGAGUUGCAGAGCUUUAAGAAGUUUGACACAGAUGGAGAUGAGAAAUACUCAUUGCAAGAACUGAGAUUAGCUUUAGAUGUCUAGGAUAUAUAUCUAGGAAUGUGGUAUUGAUGGAUGCUACUGUAGCUAAAGGAAACUACGGGACAUAAGAAAGCUACAUCUGCACUUUCCCAGUGUUUUACUGAUCUUUGGAGCUAAAUUGCUGUACACAUGGCCACCUCUGGUUUUCCAUUUGCAUUUAGUGAAGAGAAAUUUACAAAUUUAUAUGUCACUAGGACAUAAUAUUGGGACUGUUAAAAUCCAGAAAAAAAAAUCCCAAACUUGGAAACAUUUUCCUCUCAUUCUUUCCUUUUCAGAGGAGUUCUUGGUUUUUAAUUUAAAGUGUGUACAUACUAAAAUAAAACUAUGAUUUUUAUAUUUCACUGAAAUUUGCCUUAAAUUAGAGAGCUGCACUUUAUGUAGAGCAGAAGGAAAUCUGUCUUGUAAAGAUGGGCUGCUUCUGCUUGUAAAUAUUUGAGAUACAGUAAAUUAUGCAUAUUUAAGGAGAAGAUUGUGUCAGGGGCUGUGUUGGUACUAAGCUGUUGCUAAUGAGAGGCUGAGCUUAGGAGGGGUGGUUAAGAGGUUCAGCUAAAUUUUCAAUUUUGACUAAGUAUACCCAGGAAUUAAUUCAGACUGAGUCAGAGGAAAGCAAGAAUGGUAAAUCAUAGCAGGAUUUAUUUUUAGAGGGAAGAGCUGAAAAGCAUUUUUAUGUCGUGAGCCUGCAGGAGCAAUUAACUACCAAGUGCUUGGGUUUUCACUUUGUCAUUCUCUUAGCUUUGCUAUAUUGCAUCCAGAUUGCAUUUUGUGAGACAAGCCUCUGUUUAAAAAAAAAUAAAUAAGUAUUGAAUAUCUUUAAUGGGUGCUUGAAAUGUAAAAGUCUACAAUGCAGCCUGCUUAGCAGCAGCAGUAAAUACACUCAGUGGUGUACUCAUGGUGUCACUGACUAAUCGCUGGAGAUAUUUUGAACAAGGUUGCUGAUACUGCCAGUUUCUUUCAUCUGUGGUUGUUUGGGUCACUCUGAAGUGUUCUGAGUAAAGCACCUGGUCUUUAGGACUGUGAGUGGAAUGGGAGGGCCCAAAGUAGACCUGUGGGCUGUUUCCUGACUAACAGGAACAUGACCACCUCUGGAUACUUCUAACUUUUGUAUUCUCACUAAUAGGGGAAUAUGAAAAGCAUGACAGGAGUGUGCGGUGGCAUUUGUCAUUCUCUGCUGACACCUGCCCUUUGUAAGUAAGGAUUUGUUUAUUCUGGUGGAUUUAAACACUGAGUGUGUUUAUAACUUUCUGGAACAUAGUGACUUUUUCAGAAGGAAUUCACUUGCAGGCUAGAUCAGGGCCAAGUUGGAUUAUUUUUCUCACAAAUACCAGUGAUCUUGUUGGCAGUUUCUUGUAUGAUCAGUGAAUUGCAAGUUGUCCACCUUGAUGAAACAUCAGUUUAUGUGGAGCCUGGUUCAUAAUUGUUGACUUUCAUAUAACUUUAGAAUGGAUUUUUUUUUCAGUGAUUGUAUUCUGGAAGUAUGAAUCAGUGAAGAAAUGUAUGUACAAAAUGGAACCCUGCUACCCAUUGCCUAGGCUUCUUUCACCAUUGCUCUCCUGUCUUGUUUGGAUAAUGGCAGCCGUAACCCAAUAUGAAAAUGCUUUUGAUGUGGCAUUUGAGCAUGUAGAACUUAAAACAAAACCAACCAACCUUGGCUUUUGAGAGGACAAGAAGCCAGUAUCUGCUUCUUGCCACUUCCCACACCCUUUUAUACACUACUGUAUAACUCCUUAACCAAAUAAAUUACAAAAAAAAAUAUAAACAAGUAAAAAAAAAAAGGGAAAAAAGAGCAAUAAGAGGUAACCAUUCUGGUAUUUUAUCUGUACAUAAUGUAUCAUAGCUAUAUGCCAGAGUUUGCAAGAUAUUUUUGGAAGUUUAAUUUGUAUGGAAUUUAACUGACUUUAAAGGACGAUUGUAUUGCCAGGUGAAUCUACCAGCGUUGUGUUUUGUUGCAGUCUGCUGUUAUUUGCAGAAGGAGCUUCCACAGCAGUAGUGAAACUGUCAGCUAGAGAGAGCAUGCACUGCUCCAGCCACCUGUGUCCUCUGCCUGUGGCCAGGGAGCCAAGCUGCGCGGGAGUUGGCUGUCCGUUGCCGCUUCAUUUGCACGGCCAGAGCGCAGUCGAUCGGUAACUGCUGUAGUAACUGCUGUAGUAACUGCUGUAGUAACUGCUGUAGUAACUGCUGUAGUAACUGCUGUAGUAACUGCUGUAGUAACUGCUGUAGUAACUGCUGUAGUAACUGCUGUAGUAACUGCUGUAGUAGGUUGGGCUUGUGCUAUCAGGUGUUUAAGGAAAGGUGAUCUGCGCUGAGCCCAGUGGUCGCUCUUUGGCCAAGGAUAGCUGAUAGCAGCGUGUGCCCGUUUUGCUGCUGGUCUCCAUCCCCCACGCUCUCCCGAGUCCUGGUGCUGGCUUUAGGUUUUAGUGAUGCUGCGGAUGGCAGAGGGCCUAAGAGCCGCGGGUGUAGUUAGGACAGCGUCCUGCGCCUGCUCUGCUCUCGCUCACACCUGCGGAGCGUGGGUUGCCAGAGGGGAGGCUGAAGGCCAACCUGGGAAGGCUGUGUGCUUCUGCCUGCUGGGAGGGGGAGUCCUCGGAGAAACACGUCUGAAUUCAGAACACCACGGAACAGAAGGCAGAGUCAGUUGUGAUGGGAUUCUGGGUUUGCUUUUGGUGUUGCGGGGUUGUGGGUGACCUCUGUGUUGGGGUCAGUGCGUGUUUCGCUUCGGUUACUGCCCCACCGAGAGAGCAGAGCCGCACCGUGCUGGCCGUGCGUUGUGCUUCGCUGCUCCGCCGGCUCUCUCUCGCGGCACUCCGCGCUUUUCUCCAUGUAACGCGGCUUUAUCUCAAUAAAAGCUGGCUUCCCCCGCU